AUGCACGCCCCAGAUGAAUUGGGGUCUACUCCGCAAGAGCUCCGCAUAGGCGGUAGCGUCAGCUACGCAACACAUGUUCUGCUCGGGGCCGCACUUCCUCCAGCGGGGGAGUCCGGCGCCGUGGGGUCAACCCCAAAUUCUGCUAUAAAGCGACUCGCGACCCAGCAUGCAUUCGUUACCCCUACGCCCGCGAUGCUCCUAGGUCUCUCUGACAUGCCUCUCUGGUUAAUCCCACUUCUGGCGCUCCUGUUAUAUAUCGUGUCGAACUAUGUCAAGCAUCGCGGCCGGCCACCACUUGCACCAGGACCACUUCCCCUUCCUGUCAUCGGGAAUGCACUGGAUGUUCCUACCAAGAAUAUGGCGCCUAACUUCCAUGCUCUGAACACAAAAUAUGGCGACGUCGUCUACCUCGACCCACUCGGUCAGCCCAUGGUGAUCCUGGGGACACACGAAACAGCUCUCGACCUCCUCGAGAAACGGUCAUCCAUUCAUUCUGAUCGGAAUGUCUCUGUAUUGACCCUCUGGUCAGGUUGGGGUUGGUUAUUCACUACUCAGCAUUAUGGCCCGGGGUGGAGACGCCUCCGAAAGAUGUUCCAUCAACACUUCACCCCCACCGCUAUCCUCUCGUACCGCGAAGUGCAAGAACAAGAGGCCCACCAUUUCGCGCUCCGCCUUCUUGAAGACCCGAAAGACUUCCUGCAACACAUACGAUUGUAA